CACUAGAUGCUCUAAUGACACUGUCAAAGGUGCAAUUGAUACUAUAGGAAGUGGAUGUGAAAAGGAGCUAAGUAACAAUAACGCAGCAGUCGAAUUCAUUUUUGGAUUUGUCGUUUUCUAUUCUCCUGUGAGAAACAUAACAUGUUUUAAAGAUAAAGAUGAAUAUUGUAAAGAUGAAACUGCUAAGUUCGUCUUAAAUUUACCCAACUCUCCGAUUAAUAUCACCGGCAGUGCUUAUAUAGAUGCUGUAGCUGUUGCUGACCCAGAAAAAAUCUGUACACGGUGUAACAAAGACAUGAUUAAUACUCUAUUCAACUUCCUUAAAAACAAUGAUCUCGCCUUAAAAUUACUUGAAAAGUUGGGAAUUGACAAACACCGUAUUGAUAAAAAGAAAGUUGGUGUUGCUGUCAAAUGCGGUAUUAAUUUCGAAGAUGGUAAAGUUCCCGAUCUUCCACCAAAUUGA